CAGGCCGUUUGUCUGACAGACCUGGGAAGCAGCGGCCUGACCCAGAGCUACGGAGUUUAGGCUCCAGCUGUUGGGAUAUUAGUGGAUUCCCUUUGGAGAGGUUUGGAGAGAUGAACUGGGUCGGGGGUUCACGGACCAGGGUUCUGAUCAAGCAGGAAAAAAGAAGGCAAAAGGAAUACUUUGAAAGGAAUAAGUUAAAAUCAAAAAUGAAAUUACUGGGAGUUUUGUCUCCUGUCAAAAAUUCCACAGUCAGUUUAGACCUUCUCAACCUGCAUAUAGUAAAUCAGAUAUCUUGUAAGAAGAAAACACCUGAAGCUGUAAAGAAACCAGUUCAUGUGAAUAUGAAUAGAGACAUAAAAAUGCCUCUAAGACAGUAUGAGUUAGAGCUUCCAGUGUCACCUCCUCGUUUGCCUUCUAAACUCUGCCUCGAUGAUACAGAGAACAAUACUCACUGUCAAAAACUAGGUAACAAGGAAGGAUGUGGCCCAGUUCAGUCAUCAAAAAUUAAGGACUCAUAUAGUAUGUUUGAACCUCAUUUCAUCAGAACAAAGAACUGCAGUUUUGCUCCACCAAUCUUUUCAACAGAAUUAUCUUCUGAUAGACAUAUUCCAAAACAAAAUUUCACUCCCACAGUAGUGCCUAGUCCUCUGAAGGUUGCAUUUGAAAAAAAACAAAAUGACCAGCUAAAUAAUGUUAACUGUUCUGAUUCCUUGGUUUCCAAAUUAAGUGAAUGUCAAGAUGGUCUCAGUUCAUCAUAUGAAGCAGCAAAAUGUGGAAUAUUAUUUGAACAAUUAAACAAUCCAGGAAAUGGGAGUUUCCUUACUAGAAGACCUGGUAUACCUUUGGGUGAAGAUUGGAAAAGCAUGAAUGAAAGACAGUCAGAUUUCGUUUUUGAAAAACAAGCAGCGCAACGUAUUUGGGGACAAAGUUGGGAAGAAAUUUCAAAUUUUUUUGAAGAUGUGAACCAGGCAACUCAUAGUAUUCUGUCAGAGAAUUGUGGCUCUUAUGUUGAUCAAAACAUGAUCAAUUUAUUAAGUAUAGAUCAACAAAUGAUGCAGAAAACUUUUGACAAGUGUAUUUAUGAUAAUUUGGGGAAUACUUGUUUAGUCACUAAUUUUGGUGAAAACCAACCCACUGAUGGAUGUGUUAGGAGCAUUUUUACAGUUCCAGAGUCAACUUUUACUGAUCCUGCAUUUAAUAAAACAAGUUGUCCCGAAAAAUAUCAGCCAAACAAGAAGUAUCAGAGAGAGCACAACAGUAAUGAAAUACAUGAUCUCAGAAUUUUUCUUGAGGAUUCUUACCCAGCCAGUUAUGAAAAACAAGGAAAACAUAAUGAUUACCACGAGAAGAUGCCGCAGAAGAAUAACCAGGAAAAUCCAGUAAACUCUGUGUGUAAAAGCCCUCUGGAAGGAAUACAUGCUAACCAGUUAGGGGACUUUGGUCUUGGUGAGGUUAUGAUGGAAAAAGGAACAUGUUCUUUAAAAGGCAGGCCAGCAUUUAAGAGAAUCUGUCAUGAUCUUGAGUCUUCACAGGGUAGUCAGUGUUCCAGUUACUCUCCAAGGCCAACAGAGAGUUGUUUCAGUUCCAGUUCAGAGAUGCUAUCUGAAGAUGAAGACCAAAUAUUGCAACAAACUGAGGACUCAAGUAAGAUGUCUACCAAAACCACAGAAACAAGUAAUAAUUUUUAUCUAGAAAACAAGGUUGAACUUCCAGAUAAUAAGAUUGUUAACAAAAAUGCAAAAUUUCACAAACAAAAUGAGAAAUUUCACCAGUAUUCAGUAAAAAAUAGUGCAGUGAAGUUCCCACAAUCUCAGUGCAACUUAGCACAUGCGGAAAACAAAACCAGUAACUGCAUUAUGCAGGUUGUAAAAUGUGACACAGGGGUACAAACAGAGACAGCAUCUGUGAUGCAAGAAAAACUAGAUGCUGCCAUACAGUGUGAUAUACUUUCUGAAUGUGCAUGUGGAAGGGAUCUGUCUUCUCUUGGCAGUGGUGAGAGGUGCACUCAAAGUAUUAUGUCUGAUACCACUGGGGGGCAGGACAUCCUUACAAACAGAUAAUAUUCUAUAUUUUCAGCCUAAGAUGUAGCACUCCAUUUGAAAGCAAGAGUACAUGUACAGAAUUUCCUGUUGUGUAACAAGGAAUGAGAAAAUGUAGCUAAGCAUAAAGUGAAAGAUUUUAGGAUAUGUAUUUAUGGCUCUUGGUAAGACAUUUUAGUAUUUACGCAUUUUAAGUUUUACGUAGCAUUCCUUCAAUACCCUUGAUGUAUCUUAAGUUUUCAGAGAAUUGUACUUUAAAUUUUUAGAAAUUAUACUUGUAAAUAUAUUCUCGUUCUCAUGUUUAUUACUUUAUAAUGAUAUACUGUUAUUUAGAAUUUAAAAAAUGCUUCAUUACAUUCUUUCUUGUGACACUUUAUUUUAAAAGAGUGCAGGUGUAUCUUACAGAAAAAAAAUGUUCUUUUCCAGUGUUUAAAGUUUUUUUUCUCUUCCAGUAUUUUAAGGUAGAAAAUGUUGACUAAUAUCUAAUAUGUUUUAUGGUCUCAUUAAAGAUUUUGUUAGCUACUUAUCUUUAACAUUAUACCCCAUUUAAAAUUUCAAAUUAAAGAAACUGUUGUCUGUAGAUACUGCACUAUUACUUGCCUGAGCCUGAGCUACUUGGUCAAAUUAAGAAUAAAUUUGGGAUAUUUUGAAGAAAAUGGAUACACAAAGAAAAAUAUAAUGUUCAGUGAGAUGAAUCAGAAAACACAAGCUUGAAUAUUGUAGGAUAUUUCUCAUUUGAGCAAGGCAAGGUACAAAUAUAUAAAGAGGAAAAUAAAGGAUUGAUAGAAUGA